UUUGCUGCAAACUGCAAACAGAAGGUGUGGCUUAAUGUUUUCUCUGACUACCAGAUCUGCAAGCCAAAGCCAAAGGAUUAAGCAAAUCCUGAGAUAUAAAACAAUAUUUAUGGCAGAGCCGGGAGGAACUUUACAAGAAGAGUUCACGCCAGUCAGCAUCCCUGUUUCAAGUGGCGGGAAUAUUGCCGGGAAAGCAUGGGGCAAUCCAAAAGGCCAACCAGUCCUUGGACUCCAUGGUUGGUUAAAUAAUGCAGCUACAUUUGAUAACAUUGCUCCGUUGUUGGACAAAGAUAUUUACUUUGUGUCUAUUGAUUUGCCUGGUCACGGGCACUCAUACCACAGGUCCCAGUCUUGUAGACUUCAUUUCGUUGAUUACCUUGUUGAUGUUCGUGAUGUCAUAAAAGGAUUGGGUUGGGACAAGUUUUCUUUCUUCUGUCAUUCCAUGGGAGCUGGAGUUGCAUCAUAUUUUGCUGCAGCUCAACCUGAACUUGUACAGAAGAUGGUACUCAUAGNAAAACAUUGGAAUCAUGUCCAGACCAAAAGAAGAUCUCCCUCGAUUAUUAGGCAGAUCUCUUAAUUCUCCACCAGUUCCAACUGAGAAUAAAGUGUACAAGACAUGGGAUGAGAUAGUCACUAGAGUGUGGGACGCUAAUAAGAAACUGGACAGUCUUUUAUCAAGGGAUGACGUAGCCGUGAUUGCAAGGAGAGGCUCUAUCUGCAUUGACG